CUCAAUGACUUGAAGUCUAUAAAUAGAACGAUUGUUGGGUAAGCAUUGUAUGAGUCCCAUUAUCAAUAAGUGAGAGAAUAAAAAAUAAAAAAAAAAUGGCAGGUACACUACCAAGUGUGAUAGGGUUGGGAUUCAAUGGGAUGUACUUAGAGUACAUAGCAGACGAAAGCCAAGGACAAUGGCACAAAAGAGUGCGGCCUACAAGUCGCAUGGUAUUGAGUGAGAAUAAUUUCACAAGGUUUAUAGUAUCUGUAUCACGCAUUUCUGGUAUGAUCCACCUCCAAACUGCCUUCAACAAGAAGUACCUACGACUCGAAACCGAGAGUGGGAACUUCAUUACUGCCACCGGCGACGAGCCUGAGGAAGAUCGUUCCAAAUGGUCUUGCACUUUGUUUAGGCGUGUUUUUCAAAAUGGCCAGUUGGGUCUCGUCCUCCAGGCUCAAAAUGGUCAACAUGCUGUCAGAAUUUUUAAUAACUCCCUUAACGUCGCGAGAAACACAAGCAAUCCAAUCCAUUUCUUCGCAAUUACAAAUAUGGACCAACGAGUUUUGUUGCCGAGGAACAUUGUAUUCACAGGGGAUAAUAACCAACCCCUACGAGCACGAAGAAAUAAUUGGCUUCAGUUUAUUGCCACAAAUGCACAAGAUCCAAGAUUACACCACGUCGUCGAAACUUUACCCAACGGAGACGUCCGCAUAAUUGCCACGCGAUACAAUUUGUUCUGGAGGAAAUCCCCCAACAGGGAAUGGAUCUGGUGUGACGGCCCUCGAAAUAACCCAGGCCGCGAUUCGGUAUUCCGCCCGAUUAGGCUAAAUUCCAACAACCAAGAAAUUGCUCUGAUGAGUAUGCUUCAAGGUAGAUAUUGUCAAAGAUGGCCCUGGGGCGCUAAUGCUGAAUGCCUUACUGCUUCGUCUGGGAAUAUUAUUCCCCUAACGGUUAUGCGGGUUGGCGAGGCCAUUCGAGAACGACGAAUAACUGACAUAGUAUAUAGGACAAAUGAGGCUCGCGUCCACAGAAAAGUGCCUAUUAGAAGUCGGAUACAAACCGUUGAAAACUAUGGUCCCUUUGCAGAAACACAAAAUGUAGAAUUCACUUACACCGAGAUGACUGAAUCCACUUUCAGCUCAUCGCAUACAUGGAAGAUUUCAUACACAUCAACACUUCGGGUAAGUCUAAUACCUAAGCUGGUGACUGGUAAGAUUCAAUUGUCUGCUAGUGCCUCAGGGUCUUAUACAUUCAACGAGGUGACAAGAAUAUCUAUAACAGACACCGGAUCCACCACAGCUACUGUCCCACCUCGUAGUAAGGUAACUGUUACCAUGUUCCUAUCACAAGGAAGAAUGGAUGUCCCUUACUCUUACAAACAACGUGACGUCCUUUUUGAUGGAACAACUCGUGUUACACAACUACACGAUGGUAUUUUUGAGGGUGUUAAUGCCUUUGUUGCACGAUUUAUUAUCGGUGAACCGGAAAGCCUUGAUAGUUUGGCCGAACCUAAUCAUUAUAAUCAUGAUUAUAGACAGGGUAAUAACCCUAAUAUUGUUAUCUCACCGGUAAUUACUAUAGAUGAUCUUGCAGUUGAUGGUGAUGAUCAUGAUUUAGAACAAGAACCACAAGUUUCUUCUGAUUCCGAUUCAGAGCCGGAGAUUAAUAAUGAUAAACCACCUCUCCGUACUUCCAAACUUUGAUGGAUGAUCAUCAUUUUUUACUGAGUUGGUUCUACUGUAUUUGUGACGGUUAUUCACAUCUACUUGCCACUUUUUAUGCGUGUUCAAUUUAAAUAAACAUUUCCUUUUGAAAGGAAAGAAAAUUAUCGUUUGGUAUGUUUGUAAUUUCUAUAAUUGUUGUACUUGUUGGCUUGUUUCUUUUUAUGUAUAUAAGGCAUGUUUAUAAAAAUGGUUUAUACAUCCUUUAAUUUCAUUGUCAA